AUGCUAAUUCCUCACCUACAGCUGUGUCUAGCCCACUACUGUGAUCUUCACGGGCCCACGCCCCUGAUGGUCACCGAGGGGCUGCCAGUCCCCUGCAACGUAUGCUAUGACGAUGAGCUGCAUGACCGUCCCGGGUCAGGCCCCGACCGGCCGCGCUCCGGCGUUCCGAUGCCGGGAGGAGAGUCAACGCAAGCCACCACCGCUAUCACGGAGGCGCUUCGACGAAUGAACUUUGCAGACGCCCAGCGCAGCUCGUCACUUCCAGCAACCGAACAAGAGGCUCAAACCCACAGGGCCGCCCUACGACGUGCCGCGCAGGUAGCAGCAUCAUCUUCAUCUGGCGGUCUCGGCGGUUCGGCGAUGGAAACACCACCACAGAGCCCACAGCUACCACCAGAAGGAGCACCACCCAACUCAAAACAGCAACAGCAACAGCAACAGCAACAGCAGCAGCAGCAGUCCAAACCACGGCAAGACUCGUCCUUCCGCAAGACAUAUGAUGAUUAUGUGACCCGCCGAGCCGGGCCGUGUGACAACUGCGCCUUGACUCUACCAAAACUUCAACCCGGAAGCAGCGGCGUCGGGGCGGACUCCCGACCCGAACGCGGUCCUACUUUGCGCUCCAAGGCGCCUUGCGCAAGAGUGUACAACACCACCUCACCACCAACUUCACAGUCUUCUUCUUCUACCCCAUCCGAGGAUGAGUCCUCCAACCCAACACUCCGACCAACCCACCGCCGCACGCCCACCGCAGCGUCGGUCGCCUCCCGCUCGAGCGAAAGCAGCUCGGUGGCUAACAUGAACUCACACACUCACUACCUAGAGUACAUCUCCACCCACGAACCCCUGGCCCCCUCAUCCUUUUCCAUCGUCCGGGCUUCUUGUCUGCGGACAUUGUCGCUAGAAACUCUACCUAGAGCGCCACAAACCUCACCUACCAACCCGUCAGCCAUGUCCACCCCUUGCGCCUCACCCAUCACACCCGCCUUUGUGACUACCCACAGCGUAGGCAACGCCGUAUCAGGCGGCCCCAUCUUCUUUGGCGACCCGGCAGCGGGUUACACCACGGCCUACAUUUUCCGCAUCCCAGAUGUGCACGCCCGCGGCCAUAAGCGGGUGUACGCCUUUUUAGCCUUGUCGACCCACCGCGAACGCCUCGCCAUGAAAACUUUUGGGUAUGUCGCCUCAGCCUUUAGGGACAUGGCAACCUGGAUCCAAGCCCUCGCCGAAGCGGAAGCCGAGCGCUCCCUUGCCGAAUCGACGGGCGGUAGCAACGCCUCGAGUCCGAUAAUGCCUGGCCCGGGGUAUGGGAGUUUUGCCAUGGGCGAACCACCACCACAGCAGCAGCAGCAACAGGGUAAUAAUAAUGAGAGGAGUAGUUUUCUAACGGGGGGCAUGGGGGGUUUGUCGAGACGUAUGGGCAAUGGGUUUGCGGGGGCGGGGGGAGGGGUGGCGUUGAAGCAGAGGGGGUUGGCGGAGCUGGUGGGGAUGCCGGACUUUUUUCUGGAGCUGCAUACUAAGUUUGUGAAGCUGCUGUUGGAACUGGGGGUUGCGAUGGGGACUUAG